CCAGUGCCUCUGCUUCCGGCUCGAGUCCUCUCUUCUCACACACGCUUCGCUAUGUCCGAGACUGCGCCUGCCGCGCCUGCCGCACCGGCCCCCGCCGAGAAGACACCCGUCAAGAAGAAGGCCCGUAAGGCCGCAGGUGGCGCGAAACGCAAGGCGUCCGGGCCCCCGGUGUCCGAGCUCAUCACCAAGGCUGUGGCCGCCUCCAAGGAGCGCAGCGGCGUGUCCCUGGCCGCGCUCAAGAAGGCGCUGGCGGCCGCCGGCUACGAUGUGGAGAAGAACAACAGCCGCAUCAAGCUGGGGCUCAAGAGCCUGGUGAGCAAGGGCACCCUGGUGCAGACCAAGGGCACCGGCGCCUCCGGCUCCUUCAAGCUCAACAAGAAGGCGGCUUCCGGCGAGGCCAAGCCUAAAGCCAAAAAGGCAGGCGCGGCCAAGGCUAAGAAGCCCGCCGGCGCAGCCAAGAAGCCCAAGAAGGCUACGGGAGCAGCUACCCCCAAGAAGAGCACCAAGAAGACCCCAAAGAAGGCGAAGAAGCCAGCUGCAGCUGCGGGAGCCAAAAAAGCUAAGAGCCCGAAAAAGGCGAAGGCAGCUAAGCCCAAGAAGGCGCCCAAGAGCCCUGCCAAGGCAAAAGCGGUGAAGCCCAAGGCGGCCAAACCAAAAACCGCCAAGCCUAAGGCAGCUAAGCCAAAGAAAACCGCAGCCAAGAAGAAGUAAUUUUCUUUGGCCAAAUGCUUUGCAGCCCAACAACCCAAAGGCUCUUUUCAGAGCCACCCACAAAUCUCAGUAAAGGAGCUGUUGCGCAUUUCGAGGGGGCGUGGCCACGGUGGGAACGCCAGAGAGUGGGCUGUGCUCAGCGGGAGAAGUACAGGGCGGUGGUGUCCGGGUGUGCGCGGUGUUACAAGUGUGGUUUGGGAGUUAGCUAGUAAGCCACGCUUCUAAAGGGCAAGUGGUAGAUAUUUCCUGCCUGGGUCCAUACAUAACUUAUUUUAUGUACGGAGGCACAGUGGUAAAAUACACACAUGGUGAGCACUAGGCAAAUAAAAUGAAAAGGUUUAACUGCUGAUUGCAGUAAACUUUUUAGGAGUUUACAAUGGAUCGUUAGCACUAAAAAACGGUUCAGCGCAGAUUUAAGUUAGACAAAGGGCUUGGCAAGCGCCGCUAAAUUUCAUCGAAGUUCUCACUGGUGAGUCACCCCCCCCCACAGAAACAAUUUACCCUUAAAAACUAUCAUUCCCCACGUUUAGCAGCGAUCGUACUUGAAAAGGUUAGCUAUCGCAGAUGUGUGCACCUUAGUUUAUACUUCCUGAUUGGUGAACGUGAAGUGACCAGACAGCCAAUGAAACAGUAGACUAUGAAGUGUCGUUUACGUUCCUAUUCGUGACGAAACACUAAAACUAAUCCAAUCCUGAAGGAAAUCUUAUUAACCUCAUUUGAAUACUGCGUAAUGUAAAUGGUUGUGGUGUAACUGGUGGCGGGGUGGGUUUUUUUUAGUUUGGUUUGGUUUAGUUUUUUCUUGUUUUGUUCUGUUUCCAAAUGUUUGUUUGGUGUAUCUGAUACAGGGAGUUAAAAUUUUAUACAAUGCUUGAGCUGGCUGAGUCCGCGCCUGCCCGGAAGAACUGUCCCCAGGGCGCAGGACAGCAAGAAGCGACAGCUUAGCCACUAGGAGAAUUGCACGGUGUAAGUUUAGGUUGAGUUGAAUUCCUAAUGCUGGUUCCAGCUUGCAUUCAUAAGACAGGAUCUCCUGUAGCCCAUGCUGGGCUAGAACUCACUAUGUAGCUAAAAAUGACCAUGAAGACCUCAUCCACCUGCCUCCACUUCACAAGUGCUGGAAAUACAGCACAUGUAACACAGGACCUGCUCUGACUUACCUUUCAAGCUAGCAUCUUGUGGUCUAGUAACACCCUUCAGCACAGCAUCGUCUGAUGAAGACCUCACCAGAGAACGAGCAAUUCCCACCAGGAGCUCUGCCCUCAUGAACCCUCGUAAUAUGGUCUAGCCGGUGCAAGCCAGGAAAGAUCCUGUGGCUUCCAUCCUUGUUCUUCGGAGAUCUCUUGAGCCUUGGAACAAGUACACUAAAUGAGCUCCCCAUGUUAGCAGACUGGAGGACUGUGUUCUUUGUCACUGGUGUCAUGGCUUUUUCCUGUUGGCUGUCCUGUCACUGAACAUCGGGCAUGAAAGGGUUGGUUGGUGUUGCCUCUACUUGGUUUGUUAUUCUCUCUUUCUGAAAGCAUGACUGUAGCUCUUCCAGAUGAGAAUCUGAUACUUAUGGUUGGAAUCAACACAGGUUCAUUUGCAAUUUCUGGAAAAACACAAGCAAAUCUUUUUUCAAAGGCCAGCACUACAUCUGGUCCAUUCCUGUGUCAGGGUUUCCCAAUAGACAAAAGCUGUGGGUUGGGGGCUAUUUUGACCAUGAUAUAACUCCAUGGUAUGUGACCAUCCACACUGCAAGUGAAAAAAAUUAAUCACAGCUACAUACAAAGAUUAAAAGGAGGCAACAGUCCUAAUGUAGUCGUCUCCCCUUUUGUUUUUCUAAUUGAAGCUUUUAGACCACGCAGCCUCUCUAUCAUUGGGUGACCUUGGGGGAUAUAAGGUAUCUCUAUCUUAUGAAUAAUAUUCUAUCUUGAAAAAAAAAGACUUGAAAGGGUUACAAACAUAUACUGGACCAUUACCAGUUUUAACCUAUUUUGCCAUCCCCAUAAGGAAAACCCAAUAUGGCAUGUGAGUGAUCACAUGUGAAACUAAUUCACCAGAAAGAGCUUUACCACAUAUACAUGUGAAUAAAUAUUCACUACAAACGUGAACGUAUUGUAACUUUCCGAAGUAAGGUAUGUGGGUAACAUCCGUCUACCAGCUGGGAUUAACUUUAAUUCCUCUGAGGUUCACAAUAUCCAGUUUUCUCAUUGAGUUAAGGGUACACAGGUGUUCCAAGAAUUAAUUACUUGUGAAGCUUGUUCUUUGAUAGUAGAAAUUUGGUCUUGUAACAUUUUAGCAGGCUGAUGUAAUAAAACAUGUGAUUCAA